GCUCCGGCCUAUCACCCUGGGAUGCCGCCUGCCGCCGCCGCGGCUGCCGGGCUUGUGGGAUCGGUGGCGGAGCCGGGGCCGGAGCCCGAGCCGCGGCGGGAGCUGUGGCCUGAGAGUUAGGGGGGCGGGCCGGCUCAUUCCUGGGGUGGGGGCCGAGGACUGGCGGGCGAGAACCCGGGGCCACCGCCCCCCUUCCCUGAGGGAGCGGACAAUCCGAGGCUCUGAGGCGACGGCGGCGGCGGCGGCGGCGGCGGGAGCGGGUCAGAGGGGGCGGCCCCUGGCGGCGACGCCCCCAGCCCUGCCCUGCCCGGCCCCACUCCAUCCCCGGCUCCAAGCUCCAGCCGGGUCUGGCCCCUAGAGACGCCGGCGGGGGUUGAGGAAGGCGGCUCCGCGGGGGCAGGCGGGUGAGCCGCCCCUCCCGGGUCCUUCCACGUCCCCUCCCGGGAGGGACCCACACCUGAGCCCGGACCCACCCCCGGCCGGGGCCACGCUGGAUCCGCCUCCCGGCCUGGGUCCCGCCCGCCGGCUGCAGGUGGGCUGCAGCGCCCGAGCCGCGGGCAGUGGGCGGCGGGGAAAGAGGUGAGACCCGCGUUGGUGCCGGCUGCCGCUGCGGUCCUUACCCCCGCCGCUGCGCUCUCCUCCUCCCCUUCCCGCAGGCAGGGCGCGGACUUGCGCGCCGGCCCCGCCGCCGCCUUGUCCCUCCGGGGCACCAUGGAGCUCUCCCCGUCGUCCGGAGGAGCCGCGGAGGCGCUAUCCUGGCCGGAGAUGUUCCCAGGACUGGAGUCUGACUCGCCGCUACCCCCGGAGGAGCUGGAAGCAGUUGUCCCAGUCGGUGGGGCCGUGGCUGGUGGCAUGUUGGAUCGGAUCCUUCUGGAGUCCGUGUGCCAGCAACAGAGCUGGGUGCGGGUGUACGAUGUCAAGGGGCCACCCACCCAUCGUCUGUCUUGUGGCCAGUCACCCUACACAGAGACGACAACAUGGGAGCGGAAGUAUUGCAUCCUCACAGACAGCCAGUUGGUGUUGCUCAACAAGGAGAAGGAGAUACCUGUGGAGGGAGGACAGGAGCAGCAGACAGAUUCCACCAAAGGGCGAUGCCUGAGGAGAACCGUCAGUGUCCCUUCCGAGGGCCAGUUUCCUGAGUACCCACCAGAGGGCGCCACCAAACUGGAGGUGCCGGCAGAAAGGUCCCCCCGCAGACGGAGUAUCUCAGGGACCAGUACAUCAGAGAAACCCAACUCCAUGGACACUGUAAAUACCUCACCCUUCAAAGUACCAGGGUUCUUCAGCAAGCGCCUGAAAGGCUCCAUCAAGAGGACCAAAAGCCAGUCAAAGCUUGACAGAAACACUAGCUUUCGGCUUCCAUCCCUUCGUAAUGCAGAUGACAGGGCUCGAGGUCUGCCUAAACUAAAAGAGUCACGUUCCCAUGAGUCCUUGCUGAGCCCUUGCAGUGCGGUGGAAUGUCUGGAUCUAGGCAGAGGAGAGCCUGUAUCAGUGAAACCACUCCAUAGUAGCAUCCUUGGGCAAGACUUCUGCUUUGAGGUUACAUAUUUAAGUGGAAGUAAAUGCUUCAGCUGUAACUCCGCUUCAGAGAGAGAUAAGUGGAUGGAAAACCUUCGUAGGACAGUUCAACCAAAUAAGGACAAUUGCAGACGAGCUGAAAAUGUUCUUCGUUUGUGGAUCAUUGAAGCCAAGGACCUUGCCCCUAAAAAGAAAUAUUUCUGUGAACUGUGCCUUGAUGAUACCCUCUUUGCUCGUACAACCAGCAAGACCAAAGCAGAUAAUAUUUUCUGGGGUGAACAUUUUGAAUUCUACAGCCUUCCACCUCUUCAUAGCAUCACAGUUCACAUUUAUAAAGAUGUGGAAAAAAAGAAAAAAAAAGACAAGAAUAAUUAUGUAGGACUAGUCAACAUUCCCACUGCCAGUGUGACUGGUCGUCAAUUUGUAGAAAAAUGGUACCCAGUGAGUACCCCUACACCCAACAAAGGAAAGACAGGAGGACCUUCUAUUCGAAUUAAAUCACGUUUCCAAACUAUCACCAUUCUGCCUAUGGAGCAAUACAAAGAAUUUGCAGAAUUUGUCACCAGCAACUACACCAUGCUGUGUUCUGUCCUUGAACCAGUAAUCAGUGUGAGAAAUAAAGAGGAGUUGGCCUGUGCCUUAGUGCACAUUCUUCAAAGUACUGGCAGAGCCAAGGAUUUUCUCACCGACUUAGUGAUGUCCGAGGUGGAUCGCUGUGGAGAGCAUGACGUCUUGAUUUUCAGAGAGAACACCAUUGCCACCAAAUCUAUUGAGGAGUACCUCAAGUUGGUGGGACAGCAGUAUCUUCACGACGCACUGGGGGAGUUCAUCAAAGCUUUGUACGAGUCCGAUGAGAACUGUGAAGUAGAUCCCAGCAAGUGUUCCUCAAGCGAACUGAUAGACCAUCAGAGCAACCUGAAGAUGUGCUGUGAGCUGGCUUUCUGCAAGAUCAUCAACUCCUACUGUGUUUUCCCUCGUGAGUUGAAGAAUGUUUGCAUCAUGAAGCAGCAGUGCCUGACCCGCGGCAAGCAGGACAUCAGUGAGCGGGCUCAUCAGGCCUCAUUGUUUCUUCUCCGUUUCCUGUGCCCCAUCAUGUCCCCCAGUCUCUUCAACCUUAUGCAGGAGUAUCCUGAUGACCGCACAUCUCGUACCCUGACUCUGAUUGCCAAGGUCAUUCAGAACCUGGCUAACUUUGCCAAAUUUGGUAACAAAGAAGAAUACAUGGCAUUCAUGAAUGAUUUUUUAGAACAUGAAUGGGGUGGAAUGAAGCGCUUUCUUUUGGAGAUCUCUAAUCCAGACACCAUCUCAAACACCCCAGGCUUUGAUGGUUACAUUGAUCUGGGCCGAGAGCUUUCAGUUUUGCAUUCCUUACUGUGGGAAGUAGUUUCCCAACUUGAUAAGGCGACCGUGGCAAAGUUGGGACCUCUCCCUCGAGUUCUUGCUGAUAUCACCAAGUCUCUGACUAAUCCUACGCCAAUACAACAGCAACUGAGACGCUUCACUGAGCAUAACUCCAGUCCGAACGUCAGUGGAAGCCUCUCCUCUGGGCUGCAGAAAAUAUUUGAAGACCCCACUGACAGUGAUUUGCAUAAACUCAAAUCUCCAAGCCAGGACAACACAGAUAGCUAUUUCAGAGGGAAGACAUUACUGCUGGUUCAGCAGGCCUCCUCCCAGAGCAUGACUUACUCUGAAAAGGAUGAAAAGGAAAGCAGCCUUCCUAACGGCCGGAGCAUCUCCCUCAUGGACCUCCAGGACCCCCACACCGCUCAGGUGGAGCACGCGUCUGUCAUGCUUGACGUGCCUGUGCGCCUGACGGGAAGCCAGCUUUCCAUCACGCAGGUGGCCAGCAUCAAACAACUGCGGGAGACCCAGAGCACCCCCCAGAGUGCGCCCCAAGUGAGAAGGCCCCUGCACCCAGCCCUGAACCAGCCAGGCAGCCUCCAGCCCUUGUCCUUCCAGAACCCUGUCUAUCACCUCAAUAACCCAAUUCCAGCAAUGCCAAAGGCCUCUGUGGAUUCCAGUUUGGAGAAUCUAAGCACUGCCAGUUCCAGAAGCCAAAGUAACAGUGAGGAUUUCAAGCUCAGCGGGCCCAGCAAUAGCAGCAUGGAAGAUUUCACCAAACGCAGCACCCAGAGUGAGGACUUCUCCAGGCGGCACACCAUGCCAGACAGGCACGUCCCUCUUGCUCUGCCGCGGCAGAACAGCACCGGGCAGGCCCACAUCCGGAAGAUGGACCAGGCUGGGUUAGGUGCCCGAGCCAAAGCCCCGCCAUCCCUGCCGCACAGCGUCCUACGGAGCACGGGGAGCAUGUCGGCAUCUGCGGCGCUGGUGGCUGAGCCUGUGCAGAACGGGAGCCGGUCCCAGCAGCAGUCCUCCUCCUCCAGGGAGAGCCCCCGUUCCCAAGUGAGAGCCAUCCAGAGACAGCAGACGCAGCAGGUACAGUCACCUGUGGACUCUGCCACAAUGUCCCCAGUAGAGAGGACAGCAGCCUGGGUGCUGAACAAUGGGCAGUAUGAAGAGGAUGUGGAAGAGACUGAGCAAAAUCAAGACGAAUCCAAGCAUGCUGAGAAGUAUGAGCAGGAAAUUACGAAGCUGAAGGAGCGCCUGCGAGUGUCCAGCCGGCGGCUGGAGGAGUAUGAACGCCGCUUGCUGGUGCAGGAGCAGCAGAUGCAGAAGCUGCUCCUGGAGUACAAGGCCAGGCUGGAGGACAGCGAGGAGCGCCUGCGCAGGCAACAAGAGGAGAAGGACAGCCAGAUGAAGAGCAUCAUCAGCAGGCUGAUGGCUGUGGAAGAGGAACUGAAGAAGGAUCACGCUGAGAUGCAAGCAGUUAUUGAUGCAAAGCAAAAAAUAAUUGAUGCACAGGAAAAGCGGAUCGUGUCGCUGGAUUCGGCCAACACCCGACUGAUGAGCGCGCUGACGCAGGUGAAGGAGCGCUACAGCAUGCAGGUCCGCAAUGGCCUCUCCCCCACCAACCCCACCAAGCUUUCCAUCACGGAGAAUGGUGAAUUCAAAAACAGCAGCUGCUGACAGCCUUGGUGAACACACAGACUGUGGGAGGAGACAGAAGGAAAUGUCCCCACUCUCCUGGCCCCAGCCCUCUCCCCAACCCCCCAGGUUUACAGAAUGUUGCUACUUCUGAACAGUAGAGUGGCGAGACACUCUCGAAUGAAGAAAGGAACCUUGUCUUUCAGGGCAUAAGGCUGAGACUUCCAAGGUCGAUGCUUUUCCCCCAUGUCUCUAUGUACAUAGGGAACUUAGUUCUGGGCCAUGUACAGAAAAUACCACUGUAAUAUACCAAAAGGAAGUGAAUAAUGUAGAAUACCUUUUUAAUUAUUACUAUUUUUAUUAUUGUUUUCCUCUUGUUGAAAGCACUGCGGUUGUUAGAGGAGGAAAAAGUAGGAACGAGGUGUGAGUGAGCGAUGAGCCCGCGGGCUCGGUAGGUAGAGACCGAGGGUCUGUCGGAUAGAAGCACGUGGAGUGCAAUAGGACAUCGUGAGAAUGAAUUGUUCAGGGAUUCAUCUGCCGGUCUAAAACCCCACUCUGGCCCCCUUGUCCUGUAAGAGAACGUACAAAUACCAAGAACCAACCAAAACAAUUGAUCCCACUGAUCAACCAAGACUGGUUCUGGAUGGACAGCUAAUCCGAUUUGGGGAUACACUGUUUCAGAAGACACAGAUAAGAGCUGUUGCAUCAAAACUGGACUUUAGGAGUGAUUUCCAUCGAACUCCUGUUCAUGUCUAUUUCCUUCUGUCUACAGCAGAUGGGAAUUUUCCAUUUUAGAUAGGGGGCUUUUUUUAACCCCAGUUGUAAUAAAGGGUGUUCUUUUUCCUCUUUAGAGUUUACAGAACUAUAAAUAUUUGUGUCUCUGCAUACCAUCUUCAUCUUCACACACCCACUGCCCUUUCCUCCCCCAUAGCGGGAGCAGUCUUCACCAACAGGGUUCACUCUCCCCUGGAGAGGUUGUUCAAAUAUGCUGUCCAUAAGCCAUCCAGAAUAAACACCCUUUCUUCCACACAGAAAAGGGCUAACCCUACCAUAGCAGGAAUCUCUGAAUAUUUCCUAUUUAAAAAAACAAACAAACAAACAAAAAAAAAAAACUUUUCUAUUUGUAACUUACAAUUUUGUUUGGGAUAAAGAUUUUAUCCACUGUACUAGCAAAUCUCUGGGCAGGGUAAUUUUAACUCAAUCUUUAGCUUUGAAAUGGCUUCUUCUAAUUCCCUCACUAAAAUUUGGAAAGGAAAUCCGGAUCCAAAGUAUGGCUCUCUUAAAAGUCAUGAUUCCGUGUAUAAACAAAGAAAACUAAAAGUGCAAGGACCAUGCGUUUCAGUUGUUACUCCUAUGCUCUUCGUAGAUUUGGCAAUAAUUACUCUGUUUCACCAACUGUCAUCCUUGGCUUUAUUGUAGGAUAGAAACAGUCAUGGAAGCUAGUUUACUACCUUUUUUCCAGAGGUGUGAAGUGUCAUCUUGAAUGCAAACCUGAUUAUCAGAAGUAUGGAAUGUUACGUGUUAAAACAGACAUUAUAUAUACAAAUAUAUAUACAUAUAUACACACACAUAUGUACAUAUAACUGCACAGAUAGGACAAGUUCAUGCUUUCUCUGCUGUCAGAUAUAAUGUUAAAAGGGCUUUGAAUCUCUUUAAGCAAGAUCUAAGCAGUUCUUUAUCCUGAAAAAGCAACAACGUAUCUCAAAAAAGUUAAGGAUGUUUAUUUUAAAUUAUAAACUUUAAGGAAAUUAAAAAAAAAAAAAAGGAAAAGGAAAGGAGAGAGGGGGAAAACAAAAACAAAGACCCAAGGGAGCCCUAUGCACAGAGUGAGUGUUUCUACAUAAGACAUUUCUCACGGUGCCCCGGGCUGGUGCUCGGACCUCCUGAGCCCUGGCCUCUCCCAGGUGGAUCUCUGUGUUGGACCUUGCAUCUCAGCAACCUCCCAAAGCCCCCCGCCCCACAACCUUUUAAAACAUUUCCCUUCCUAGUCUCGUUUCUGCCGGUCAGAGCUGUCAAUCGGGCUGCUCAUCCAGCUUAUUUGAUCUACAGUUUUCAUGCCCUCAGAUUUUGGCACUUGGUUAAUUUCUUGACCCCCUGGUAGUUGUUUUACAAAUUCUUGACUCCUCCCUCAAAGUUCAGGGUGCACUGUGGUCAAAACUCCUUCCUUGAAUAGGAAACCCAUCUUACUAAUUCUGAAGGUGUGCCCUGUGUUGGCUGGGGGGUGUGAACACAGGUGUCCUCAUUUAAAGCUAUUCUCCGCUCCAGUCACGUUUAAUCCGCUCUCUGUAAAUCCUUCCAUCGGGUCGCAGAAAGCCUGGUCAAAGAGGUGUCAAUCUCGGUUGGCCUUAAGUCUGUAACUUGGGUGAUGUCUUGCAUUGAAGUUUGGAAGCUCGAAGUGUUGGUUAUGGAUUACAGAAGGCAGAUAAGCUUACCUGUAUUGGGGGUUGGGGGAGACACACAAAAACAAAUGUGCUUGUGAUGGCUGGAUGGCUGCCUAGAUCUUGUUGGCAUUGAUCUUGUUGGCAUCUGAGCCCCUCAGAUGCAGCCCUCUCUUACCAGGUUGUCUUGAAUGAAAAGAGUAAAAAAAAAAAAAAAAGAAAUCAAAUUAGAAGUCAGCUAGAAGUUCAGAUCUGUUGCCAGAUGUUACGUUUUAGAUUAUCCUUUGAGCCUGUUCCUAUCCAAACAUUUUUCUGAGAAUUUCUUGAGAGAAGCUGCCAUCUGUAGAACUUACUCUGAAAGAUUUUUAAGUCUGGAAGACUGCAGCAAACAGCUGACAGUUUUUAUGGAGUUAAUUGCUUAAUUGGCUUUGCUUCAGCCCAAAGAACUACAUCCGGAUGUUCUGCGGGGAGGAGGGCACAGUCGAGGAGAGGCAGGCGGGUUGAGAUCGCCGUGGCCGCGAUCCUCCUCCAGGCACACAUCACGAUGUGGGCUGCAGCCUGGACCGCAGUCCAGUGGCAUCUGGGGUUCAGGCGAAGUGUUUGAGAAGUGCUUGUCUAAGCUGACCACCAGACUUGGCUGUUGACAAGCACAGUGUGAGUAGGAUUUAGGAGUUCAGGAAAGCCCUUUUUGUACUCCCUUUUUAUAUCACUGGAGCAACAGGCUUUCUGAGCCGGAGCAGCAGAAAGAGUGACAUUUCCACCAGGUCCUGAUGUUCCCCAGGUCUCUGCAACAAAAGCCGAGACACGGGAGUUGACAUCUAGGUAACUAGAACAGACACCUGAGCGCCCACCAUGCCCCAGGCACACUCACCGAGGUGCCAUCGGAGUCCAGGGCAGCCCAUUUGUGAGGAGAAUGUGGUAAAAUGAGCUCAUCGUUUUAAAAUGAGCUGUCGUCGCUGUUUCUUGUCUUCACUGGGUAUCAAGUUGGUCACAAGUUGCUCUCUCUGGUCUGCUGCCACCUGUCCCUGUGAUGGUGUUGGACAGUGAAAGAGCAGGAGUUUCUGCCUCUGACUGCUGUAUGACCUUGAGAAUUUGCUGGACUUAAAGUUUUCCAGAUCUUGGUCGACCUCAGCCUUUGUUCACAGAGCUGUGGUUCUUUCGGCCCCUGACUCUCACACUGUCCUGAGAGGUACCCCAGGGGCAGAGCAGGUUCUUAUCGGACGUCCCAGGGCAAGACUGUGAUCAUGGAGUGAGUUUGCAUUCGUAUUUGCUUUGCCUUGCACCUGGGUUGUGUGCUGGUUAGCUCCAGUUCGGAGUUCCUGAGAAAGCUGAACUUGGGGAAGGAACCUUCUCCGGGAUUACCUAAGUCCCACGUGACCUGGAGCCGAGGCUGGUCACCAGACUAGACUUUUCACUGGGCCACAGCCUCAGUUUAUUGUCAGCUGUACCCAUAGGGGCCACCUUCUCCUACAGAUUGUGGAACCAAAAAGGCCUUCUCCAUUCCCCUUCUCAAGUCACGUGUGAAAUCACCUGCUUGCCCCAGCAGUCAGUAGUUGUCUUCCCACCCAUUACCUGAGGGCCAAGAAUUUGGGAUACUUUGUUUUUAUCAAUGUGUCAACUGGAAGACCUAUUUUACUAGUCUAUUAAAGGCAAGAUAUGUUGGGGUGUUGAAUUUUUAAAUAGAAUCUCUUUCCAUGUUCAAGUGAUUAUUAUUAGUUCUAGAAGCAUUCUCUUGUUGUCAUGACCCAGUUAUGAAUUCUCUUGAGUUUAGAAAGGACAAAAUUGAUGAAAUUUGCAUGAGACGGAAUAAAUAUCUUAUGAGGAGUGAAAGAACGUGAGGAAGAUCCAUGAUCCAAAAGGGGACUGAGGGAUGGCAGCCUUCUCAGUAGCCCAAACGUUCGAGGAAACAGGAUUUAUAUAUCCUUUGCCUGAUCUUAAAAUACACAGAUGAGUGGAAAGGCAACAUGCACAGCCACACAAAACACAUAAUUCCUAGGGCUUCCUUUUUCUGAAUGUUAGUCCAUCUUACAGAACAGCAAUCCCCAGACUUUCUUGAGCUUUUAGGUUUUGUGCUCUCAUUUGUUAGAUGUUAUGACUGUGGUUCAUUCCUCUUUAAAAUGUACCAUAUGUGUUAUAUGUAUAUAUGUUAAAGUGACUUGAAAUUGAUUUGGUCUGACAUUGUCUCAAGAUUCCUAGCUAUCGUCAUUGAUACCAUGCGGGUCAUAGAGAGAAAGCUGAAUAUCACUGAUCUGAGAGCAGGUUCCAGAAAGAAGGAGCUUUGGUUCCUGGUCAGUUGAUCCUCAGGUGUUUGAGAAACCAAGCCUGCAGGACGAUGGCGAAGACAGUGAGCCACUCCAGCAGAGCAAAGGGGUUGUUCUGCCCCUGUCUCAGCCUACAUUCGCAUUUCCUACUGCUUUCUUCUUUUUCAUUCAAAUGCCCUCAUGUUCUACUAGGAAAUGUUUUCAUUUGGGACCUAAAACCAGAUCUAUCUGUAUUUGUAGAAAGAUUUCCACAGAAGCGAUGUUUUAGGGGCCUCCAACAUCCGUGGGAGGGUUUCAAAUGUUCAUGUAUAAAUAUCAUAUUUAUGUCAUUUCUAAACUCAGUUCCCAGUUCGCCAAAAGGUUAAAAUAUUAUUGACUCAAUGACCACUAUCCUGCAGAAAAGUGGAAAUAAAUAGUAAAGGUUAAAUUUUGACUGGUGCUUAGAUAUUUCCUAGUAACAUUAGAAUUAACCCAAGCAGACAGCAGCACACUAACCCGAGUCACACUUGUGAGGAAUUUACCUUCUAAAUUUGAUUCUGUUUUUCAUCUCCAGGGCCUUAAUAAGAAUGUGUUAGUGCACAUGACUAUUUUACAAUGAUAACUCUAAAUAAUUUAUUUUUUAUUUCAAGAAAGAGAAAUACACCUUAGAAAAACAAAACCCAAGAUUUUAUUUUAUUUUUAAAGCCAUAUUUUUGUGCUGGUAGCACUUAGAUUGUUCCAUACGUGAGAUCCCUAUCUACAUUUCAUUACCUGGGUUUGUCCUAAAGAAGAUUUAUUUUUGUUCUGUGAAUAAUUUUUGAUGGUUCUUGUACAUGUACAGAUAUAGAUACGUUUGAGGUCUUUUAUUGAUAUUCCUACAAAGAAUACAAAUAAACUUUAACUUUAAACA